GCUCUGGCAGAUUUAAACCCAGUGUCAGUUGGGUGAGUCGGUUGGUGGGUGGUUGAGUGAGUGGUAGUGUCGUCCGGUCUGUGAAGGCCUCAGUUUAAUCAUCGUCUCUGCGAGAAAGACGGGAAGCAAAACAUGUCGAGGCGAAGUGGCGUUCUCGCUUCUUCAUUGGUCCAACUUCUCAAUCAUGCUCUGACGAAACUCCAGGAUCUGUGGGAUUCCAUUGGCAUUCAGGAAGAUAUGAGGGUCCAGCGGAUGGAAUCUGUGAAUAACUAUAUAGAGAAUCUUCUGGAACAAAUGAUUCAUGAAGAAGAAUUUAUGAAAGGGCAACUAGAAGAGAGCAUUGAGAAUUCGCAAAAGGAAUUAAAGAUACUAUGCUCUGAGCUUGAACGAGAUCCAUAUGAGGUUGAUGAGAAUAUUACUAUACUUCAGCUGGAAAAAGAGCUUCGAAAUAAGCUUGAAAUUUUAACUAAAGAGAAGAAUGUCCGCCUGGAAGAGUGCAAAAGCCUUCAAGAUGAAGAUCAAGCUAUAUGCACUGAUAUCUGCAAAACGCCAUACUACAUUCCCACUGGCAAAGUUCCUUCUUUCCAACAAGUAAAGGAGCUUAAGGAGCACAUAAUGUACAUCUCCAAAGAAAAGGAACGUCGGCAAGAUAUUUUCCUUGGGCUCAAACAAAAAAUCAUAAAGCUAUUUGAGGAUCUAGGUUGUUCUCCUGAUACUACACUUGAAAAUGAUGCAGUCCUUGAGACGGCUAAUCUCUUUUAUCUCUCUGAUGGGAACAUUAAAGCACUUGAAGUGUUGCUUGAACAGCUGAAGCUCCGAAAGGAAGAGUUGCUUGCUACACAGGAGACUCUGAAAAAACAAAUGAAGCUUCUGUGGUCUUUACUGCAAAUCCCUAUAGAGGAGCAGAAAGACUUUGUCUUGCCUGAACAAGGUUCGAUACUUGAUAUAAAUCGAGCGUUAGAACAUGAGGUUGAACGACUUGAGCAAGUGAAAGCCAAGAACAUUAAGCAGGUUAUCACUGGCAUCCGCCAAGAGCUACACAAUUACUGGGACAAGUGUUUCUGCAGUCAGAAACAAAAGACAAGCUUUGCCGCACUCUCUGAUGAUCACUUCACAGAAGAACUACUGAAAGAACAUGAUGAAGAGCUGCUGAAAAUGUCACUUUAUCAUCAGAAGUACAAGAAUAUGUUUGAAAAUGUUGAAAAAUGGGAGCAGAAAUGGAAGCAGUUUCUAGAAUUGGAGAAGAAGGCGUCAGACCGAAACAGAUAUGCUAAUCGAGGUGGAACUCUACUGAAAGAAGAGAAGGAGCGGAAUCAACUUCAGAGAAAGCUGCCAAAGAUGGAGGAAGAACUGAAAGUAUGCAUUGAAAAAUGGGAAGAAGAACAAGGCUGCCCCUUCCUGGUUAAUGGUAAAAGGUUUAUUGAUUAUAUCGCUGAGCAGUGGGAACAAUAUAGAAUAAAGAGAGAGAAAAGGCAAGGACCGGAAAGUGGAGUUUCAAGCAAACCAUCUCUAAAACGGCCUCUGGGUGGAUUUAGUACUCCGAGCAACAAAAUCAGAAGACUUGAUGGAGCCUCUUCGGUGAGCGGUGGCUCCAACGUUUCCAGUGUCCAUGUAGGCAAACCGCCUCUUUCUGGUCGGAAGACUCCAUGUGUCAGCAAAUUGCCAGAUCUAUUGCAGAGACCAGCUCUACAAGACCAUAAACAGGUUAAAACACACAUCAGUGUGGCACCUUCACCCAGGACACCUCAGCCACUCAGUACAUUGAACCGCUUGGUUACCAGCUAUUCAGAGUUUUCGCGUGAUCUCAACAAAAAAUCAAGCAGUGAACAACUAAAUUCAACAACUGUUGAAAAUAACUGAGGUCUUUGGUUUACUGAGUUGUACUUGGCUCAUUGACACUUAAGCAACAUCGAGUUGUUUGGCUUAUUUGUGAGACUAUUUUUAAAUCAUGGUGAAGCACAUGUUGCUGUCUCAUCGUGAAUUUGUAUGAAAGCAAGUUGUAUAUCCAAAGUUAUAUUUAAACCUUUAACUGCUCAUAUGAGCAGUGGGUGUUUUUGAAAUGGUGAUUGAUUUUUUAAAGGUCUCUUGUGUAAGUGUCUUGUGAUGCAAGAAAAUGGAAACGUCUGUUACUAUUCAUAAUUUCUCUAAUAAAAUCUUCUAAUUACUUGA